UUUCUGGGGUGACCCCAAUUCUUUAUUGCAUUCAUAACAAUAUUUAAUUUAUUUAUUAAAUUUAAACGGGUCCAGCUUUUCUUCGAUCGUUUGUAUAAUCAUAUUUCUGUGAAUCACUUGCUGCGAUCCAGUCGUCGAAAAUCUCUCGCUCUGAUUUUUUUUAUGAAAAUUGAAAUUUUAGCUAUGGAAAAAUCUAAAACUGUUGUGUUGCUAUUGAUUAUAUUACAUGUACAUUUUUUAAAAUUUACAAUUGGAGAUAAUUAUGUGGAUUACUCAGACUUUGGUAAUGGCAAAAGCUAUGAUGGUGACUUUUCGGACGUUAGAUCCACAACACCACCCACAACCACAAACACUGUAAAGCCGAUAUCUGGAAAACUGUGCGGAUCAAUGACGAAUGAAUUCUGUGUUAAACGAGAUCAGUGUGGUACUCAUACAGGAAAAAUAAUCAUUGAUUUGACUACACCCCAAGGCGUGUGUGAUUAUAUGGAAACUUGCUGCCAGCAAAGCAAUAUCAACCAAUCACGCCCCCCACAUGACGUCAAUUUAAUGCACGAGCAGUGCGGCCUUACCAACGUGGACGGUCUUUACAUGACCGUAAAAAGCAGUGGCCAAGAGACUAGCUUUGCGGAGUACCCCUGGGUGGUAGCCAUUCUGGACUCGGAAUCGAAACAGAUAUGCAGCGGUGUCCUGAUUAGCCACAAAGUGGUCUUGUCGGCGGCCAGCUGUUUGCCUCCAACUCAGAACCUGACGGUGAGGGCUGGCGACUGGGACCUUUUAUCGGAUAGCGAGAUAGUCCCACAUGAAAAUCGUUUAGUCGAGAAAAUCAUUGUGCACAAUGAUUUAAUUUUGUCACAAUUGCUAAACGACCUAGCCCUGGCGGUCCUGGAGAGCGCCUUUCCGCGUACAAAGCACAUAGUUCCUGUCUGCAUGUUCGAUGAUCUUGGCAGCUCAAGGCUCAACGCUACUAGCUGCUUUGCCAUAGGAUGGAAUGUAAUAAAAUUUACUAGGUUUUUUCCACAAAAAAAUAUUGUUCUUAAAAUAGCGGUCGACACUACGACGGCAUUAAUAAAGAAGCCGGAUGGAAGGAUCGAGGCACAUAACAGCGCACAUAGGCACCUGAAUCUUAUGGGAUCACCUCUUGUCUGUCCCACUGAGGGAAGCCAAUACUUUUUAUUGGGAAUAUGGAGCUACCAGCUCCAGGAAAAUCAAACAGUUUUUGCUAACGUUACAAGAAAUCUGCAAUGGAUUAAUGAGCACUUGUAGAUUGGAUAGAAAUUUUAAAUUUAUAUGCCAAAUCCUCUUCUAUUUCGAAUAUAGUGUCAAUGAUAUUGAGAGAAAAAAAGAAAAGAUUUUGU